GUUUAUUUGAGUAUAAAAUAAGUUGGGGUUAUCGACUUAGGACUUUCCACAUGCCAUACUGCAUUUUUUGUGUUUCAUUAAUCUUCUCUUCUGCUAAAUAACAACACCAAAUUUUGAUCCACUUUUUCCACACUCAAAGGAAGAAAGAUCAAAAUUCCAUUUCAUUCAAAUAAUAACAACAAUUAAUAAACACUAUACUUAAUUAUCUAUCUAAAUCUGAGAUCAAAAUCACCAUGAGUGCAGAAUGUGCUGCAGAUGGCAGCACCCCAUUAUUGCAAACCCAAUUUCCAGAUUCAUAUGAUGUCAAAAGAACAGGAACAGUAUGGACAGCAGUGGCACACAUAGUGACAGGAGUAAUAGGAUCAGGAGUGUUGUCAUUAGCAUGGAGCAUUGCACAAAUUGGAUGGAUUGCAGGGCCAUUAGCAAUUCUUGUAUUUGCGUCUGUCACUCUUCUCUCUGCUUUUCUUCUCAGUGAUACUUAUCGUUCUCCUGAUCCUGAAUUUGGACCUCGUAGAAGUUCAUCCUAUCUUGAUGCUGUUAAUCUUCAUAAAGGAGAAGGAAAUGGACGUUUCUGCGGUGUUUUUGUAAAUAUAAGCUUAUAUGGUUUUGGAAUUGCCUACAUCAUUACAGCAUCCAUCAGCAUAAGAGCAAUCCAGAACUCAAUCUGUUACCAUGAGAAAGGGAGUGAAGAAACAUGUGAAUUUAAUGAUACAUAUAGCAUGCUUGUUUUUGGUGCUAUCCAAGUUGUUCUCUCACAGAUACCAAAUUUCCAUAACAUUGAAUGGCUGUCUAUUGUAGCAGCAAUAAUGUCAUUUGCUUAUGCUUUCAUAGGAAUGGGACUUGCAGUUGUUAAAGUCAAUGAAAAUGGACAUUUUGAGGGUAGCAUUAGAGGAAUACCAACUUCCACUGGAACUGAAAAAGUAUGGCUGGUUGCACAAGCACUUGGUGACAUAGCCUUCUCUUAUCCAUUCUCAGUAAUUCUUAUAGAAAUUCAGGACACGUUGAAAUCUCCUCCGCCGGAAAACGUAACCAUGAGGAGGGCCUCAACAAUAUCAGUGAUUGUCACAACAUUUUUCUACCUCUGUUGUGGCUGUGCAGGUUAUGCGGCCUUUGGUAAUGAUACACCAGGAAAUCUUUUAACAGGGUUUGCAGCUUAUAAGCUUUAUUGGCUUGUUGACUUUGCCAAUGCUUGUAUAGUUAUUCACCUUGUUGGUGCAUAUCAGGUGUAUAGCCAGCCACUUUAUGCAAUUGUUGAGAAUUGGCUUCGAUUUAAGUUCCCAGACAGUGGAUUUGUGAAUUACUCAUACGACUUAAAACUCCCAUUGCUGCCAAAUUUUCAACUAAGUCCUCUAAGACUUUGUUUCCGAACUUUAUAUGUUGCGUCAACGACCGUGAUUGCAUUGCUCUUUCCAUACUUCAACCAGAUUUUGGGAGUUUUGGCUGGCAUAAUAUUUUAUCCAUUAACCAUAUAUUUCCCAGUGGAAAUGUAUAUUAGUCAAGGCAACAUUGAACCAUGGACAAGCAAGUGGAUAUGGCUUAGGACUUUUAGCAUUGUUGGCUUUGUGGUGGGAUUGUUCACUCUCAUUGGUUCCAUUCAAGGGAUAAUUUCUGCAAAACUAGGCUGAGAAGCUUUAAGAGAACUGGAAGUUAAAGUGAGGAAAUAGAUAGUGGUACUAGUUUUUCAUUCUUAUUACUUUGAAACGAAAUAUCAAACAUAGGACAGUGGCUUAUUGGUUAAGCCCUUUCUAAUGGCAAACAUGUUACAUAUUCAUGGAACAUUGAUAAAUUCAUGUUGUUCUGGCAGUUGAGGACUUCUGUCCAUGUUUGGAUUGACAGUGAAUUUGAUGGAAUUACGAUGUGCUAUCGUGAUUUUGCACAUUGAUGAAAUCACGGUGUACGCCAAACUCAAUGUAAUUCCAACCAUGCAAUAAGAUUGGAGCUGUAAUAUGUGUGAUUGAAUUGCACAUUUGUCUCUUGAAAUGAUUCAAAUUGUUGUCUUGGUGGCACUAAGUUGACUAUGGCUAGCCCUUUCAUAAAGCUUAAAAGCUAGGCUUUGAGCCUUAAUUUCUUUUAGUUA